AUGGGUAUCAGAGCGAUGCUGCGAGCCGCCGUGCUCCUGCUCCUCAUCAGGACCUGGCUCGCGGAGGGCAACGACCGCAGUCCUACCCCAAAAUUCCACUUCGAGCUCUCCCCUACCGUGCCCGAGGUCAUCUUGAACCUCUUCAGCUGCAAAAAUUGUGCAAAUGAAGCUGUGGUUCACAAGAUUUUGGACAGGGUGCUGUCAAGAUAUGAUGUCCGUCUGAGGCCAAAUUUUGGAGGUGCCCCUGUGCCCGUGGGAGUAUCUAUCUAUGUCUCCAGUAUUGAACAGAUCUCAGAAAUGACUAUGGACUAUACGAUCACGAUGUUUUUUCAUCAAACCUGGAAAGAUCCACGUUUAGCAUACCAUGAGACCAACCUGAACUUGACCCUGGACUAUCGGAUGCUGGAGAGGUUGUGGGUCCCUGACUGCUACUUUCUAAAUAGCAAGGAUGAUUUUGUGCAUGAUGUGACUGUGGAAAAUCGCGUGUUUCAGCUUCACCCAGAUGGAACAGUGCGGUAUGGCAUCCGACUUACCACCACAGCAGCUUGUUCCCUGGAUCUGCAAAAAUUCCCUCUGGACAAGCAGACCUGCAAGCUGGAAGUGGAGAGCUAUGGCUACACGGUUGAAGACAUCGUAUUAUACUGGGAAGGCAAUGGGAAUGCCAUCCAAGGGACUGAGAAGCUGCACAUUCCUCAGUUCAGCUUCCUGGGAAAGAUAAUGACUAGCAAAGAGGUGUUUUUCUACACAGGUUCCUAUGUGCGCCUGAUACUGAGGUUCCUGGUCCAGAGGGAAGUCACCAGCUACCUUGUGCAGAUCUAUUGGCCUACUGUUCUCACCACUGUUGUCUCUUGGAUAUCGUUUUGGAUGAACUAUGAAUCUUCUGCAGCCAGGGUGACAGUUGGUCUGACUUCAAUGCUCAUCCUGAAUGCCAUCAACUCACAUCUGCGGGAUAAACUCCCCCAAGUUGCCUGUAUUAAGGCCAUUGACAUCUAUAUGGUCGUAUGCUUCUUCUUCGUGUUCCUGUCCUUGCUGGAGUAUGUCUACAUCAACUAUCUUUUCUACAGCCGAGGAGGAUCCCGGCGCAACCAAAGGCGACACAGGAGAGCCCAAAGAGUCAUGGCCCGCUACCGCUACCGGGAAGUGAUGCUGCAGGAUGCCCAGGUUAGCAUAGAAGAUGAAAGUGACUCUCUUUCCUCCAGACCAGUGCAGGCCUGCCUGGCAAGCCUAGAAAGCCUCAGCUCUUUGAUCUCCAUCCCAGAGCAGGCCCCACUGGCCAACUCAGAAAGCUUCAGCUCACUAUCUUCUCUCUCAGAGCAGGCCUGGCUGGCCUCUAGAGAAAGCCUGAGUGAUCUCCCCUCCACCUCAGAGCAGGCCCUGCCCAGCUAUGGCAUUCGCUUUAAUGGUUCUGAGAUUGAUGACAGUGUUAUUCCUACUGAAAUCCGCAACCGUGCUGACGCCCACGGCCAUGCUGAUACCCGUGACCCAGAAGACCCUGAAGAGAACACGAGCUCGGAUGAGGGUCAUGGCCAUGGCCCUAGUGGGAGGCAUCUGCUUGUCUAUGGUCACAGGUGUGUGCAGGAAGCAAGCUGCAGCCUUGAUGAGAUCCAUAUUGAGAGCGGCUACCUUGACCUUGAGAAGCAACUCAGGUGUGAUCUUAACAGUACCUGGAGCCUUAAUGUUGAUGAUUUCAUGGGCUUUGACCAAGGCAAGGACAGUAACUCAGAGUCUGAUGACAGUUGCCCCCCGAGUCCUGGGUGCUCCUUCAGUGAAGGGUUCUCCUCCAAGCUCUUUGACCCUGACUAUGUCCCUGAGGUUGACAGGUGGUCCCGGAUCCUCUUCCCUCUUUCCUUUGUGGUGUUCAACAUUGUCUACUGGGCAUUUCAUAUCAAUUAG